AUGAGCAAGAAGUAUGUGUACUGGGAGAAACAGGGCAACGACCGGAUGUGCGGUCUUCACUGCAUAAACGCCAUCCUGCAGGGCCCUCACUACAGCGAAGACGUCGUGGCCGCCAUCGGGAGAGAAAUCGACGAAAAGGAACGGGAGUUCCUCAGGUGCAGCGGAGCAGCUGGAGAAACCGGCAUGAAUGAUCUGAUGAGAAGAAAUUCAUCCAACGUCUUGGACGACGGAUUUAUAAACAUUUCAGUCCUCAUUGAAUGUCUGAGGAGAAAAAAUAUUUCCGUAAAAAAUACAUUCGAAGAGGAUUUAAAAAAAAUCCUUUCAAGUGACCACCAAGACAUAGGGUACAUUUGUAACUUGCAGCAACAUUGGUUCUGUAUCAGAAAAAUAUACAACACCUGGUAUGUCCUGGAUAGCUUGAAAAGUGGCCCCCUCUACAUAAAGGACAUAAAUUUAAAGUUUUAUUUCAACGGCAUUAUAAAUAAGUACCAUGUGUUUUCUGUUCAGAACAUCAAUCCGUAUGUCUCUUUACCCAAAGCGGACGUAAACUUUGUGGCGAAGAAUCCCAACCAGUUUUAUUUAUGCACAAAUGAAAUUUCUGAAAUUUCGGGGGUAUCUUCCAAUGGGUUUAUAAUGGAGGAAAGGGUUAGUUCCGGUAGGCAUGGGGAAAAUAAUUCUUUUUUUCCCUCCAGUGGGAAGGAUAAACCUAGCACGUUUAAAUGGCCAGAGGGUGGGGGGCGCAAGUUGAAUGACCAAGGGGGGAGCGAUCUCACCGGUGUUGGUGGAGGCGGUUUCCCCUCCGUGGUUAACGACCCGGACGACGAGCUGCAGAUGGCUUUGCGGCUAUCCAUGGAGGAGUACAUAAAGAAUUUACCCCCACCAGCAGAAGAAGAAGAACCCGCGGCAGAAAACUGCAUUAACAUUAUGGUUAAACUUUCGAAUAGGAAGAUCCACAGGCGGUUCAGCAACGCGAAGACGUUGGCGGACGUCUUCUACUGGCUUGAGUACGAGUGGGUGAACAGUCUGGGGCUUGGCCCCUCUCUGCUCCUCAGAAGCAGCUACAACCUUUACCAAAUAUAUCCACGGAGGAAGUUUUGCAAAUACCAGAAUGGGACCAUAGAGCUGCUGACGGGGGAUAAGGUCGAACAGGUGCAGGACACUCCCCUGCUGGACUUGAAGUUCGAGAAGGAGGAGACGUUCAUAUUGUCUUAG